AUGUUUAAAUCACUGACAAUAAAACUUAACAAGGUGCAGCCUAUAGAAGAAAACAAUGAGAAUGAACAAGAGUCUCUUCUAAGUAAUCAGUCUCAGCAAUCCACAAGUCAGGAAGAAAACAAAAGUGAAACGAAAUCCCUCGAAACCAAGACAUGUGAAGAGUCACACACCAAAAUACAAGAUAAAAUCUCUGAGAAAAAUACCUGCAGAGAUCUGAGAAAAAUACCUACAAACCCUGACCCUCAAAAUUCAACAGAACCAUCCAGGACAACUCCAGCGCGGAAGGAAACAGGCACUGGGGAAGAAGGCCCAAUCAGCCCAAAAAGCAAACCACUUGCAGCCCGUUUUAUUAAUGAGUAUGCAGAUGCCCAGCUACACAACCUAGUGAGAAGAAUGCAUGAAAGAACAGCCCUCUACAAGAGAAAAUUGGCAGAGGGAGAUAUGUCCUCACCAGAAGCCAGCCCGCAAACUGCAAAGCCCACAGCGGUACCAUCAACACAAGAAAGCAAUGCUAACCUGAAAGAAGAACAUUACUAUGUCCUACUGUGUUUUAAGAUUCAGAAGUUACCCCUGACAGAAUACCUAAAGCAAAUAAGACUUCCAAGAAGCAUAGAUUCAUAUACAGAUCGACUUUACCUCCUGUGGCUCUCAACUGUCACCAUUGCCUAUAACUGGAACUGCUGGAUUAUCCCACUACGCCUAGUCUUUCCAUAUCAAACACCAGACAACACACACUACUGGCUAAUUACAGAUGGCAUAUGUGAUAUCAUCUACAUUUGUGAUAUGCUGUUAAUCCAGCCCAGACUCCAGUUUGUAAGAGGAGGAGACCUAAUAAUGGAUUCAAAUGAGCUCAAGAGACACUACAGGAGUUCUGCAAAAUUUUGGUUGGAUGUCGCAUCAAUAAUACCAUUUGAUGUUUUCUACUUCUUCUUUGGGUUUAAUCCAAUAUUUAGAACAAACAGGAUGUUAAAGUACACUUCAUUUUUUGAGUUUAAUCAUCACCUAGAGUCUAUAAUGGACAAAGCCUAUAUCUACAGAAUUAUUCGGACAGCUGGAUACUUGCUGUUUAUUCUGCAUAUUAAUGCCUGUAUUUAUUACUGGGCUUCAGACUAUGAAGGAAUUGGCAGUACUAAAUGGGUGUAUAAUGGUGAAGGAAACAAGUAUCUGAGAUGUUAUUAUUGGGCAGUUCGAACUUUAAUUACCAUCGGGGGCCUUCCAGAACCACAAACUUUGUUUGAAAUUAUUUUUCAGCUCUUGAAUUUUUUUUCUGGAGUUUUUGUGUUCUCCAGCUUAAUUGGUCAGAUGCGAGAUGUCAUUGGGGCAGCUACAGCCAAUCAGAACAACUUCCGUGCCAACAUGGAUCAUACCAUUGCCUACAUGAACACUUAUUCCAUUCCUAGAAGUGUGCAGAAUCGGAUUCGUACUUGGUAUGAAUUUACAUGGGACUCACAAAGAAUGCUGGAUGAGUCUGAUUUGCUCAAGACCCUGCCUACUACCAUGCAGUUAGCCCUUGCCGUUGAUAUAAACUUCAACAUCAUCAGCAGAGUCAACCUAUUCAAGGGUUGUGAUACACAGAUGAUUUAUGAUAUGUUGCUAAGAUUGAAAUCUGCUGUCUACUUACCUGGUGACUUUGUCUGCAAAAGGGGAGAAAUUGGCAAGGAAAUGUAUAUCAUCAAGCAAGGAGAAGUCCAAGUUCUUGGAGGCGCUGAUGGUGCUCAAGUUCUGGUUACUCUGAAAGCUGGGGCAGUGUUUGGAGAAAUCAGCCUUCUAGCAGCAGGAGGAGGAAACCGUCGAACUGCGAACGUCGUGGCCCAUGGGUUUGCCAAUCUCUUAACUCUGGACAAAAAGACCCUCCAAGAAAUUCUAGUGCAUUAUCCAGAUUCUGAAAAGGUUCUCAUGAAGAAAGCCAGAAUGCUUUUAAAGCAGAAUGUUAAGGCCACCCCUCCAAGAAAAGAACUUGCUUUUAUCUUUCCACCAAAAGAAGAGACACCCAAAAUGUUUAAAGCUCUCCUGGGAGGCACAGGAAGAGCAGGUCUUGCAAGACUACUGAAGUUGAAGAGAGAACAAACAGAUCAGGUAAUGAGACAAAGUGAAUAGAAGGCUGUAAAGGAGAAAGACCUGGACUGAAAAAAAAGUGAAAAUUCUGAAGGAGAAGAGCGUAAAGGAAAAGAAGAUGAAGAUAAAGGAAGAGAGCCAGCAGAGAAACCACUGGACAGUUCCAAAUGUAGAGCAAGUUCUAUGACAGCAGAGGAAGUGCCCCCAUCCAUUACAAAGACAGUUUUACCCAGAGCAACUAAACGUCAGUCACUCAUCAUCAGCAUGGCUCCUUCUGCAGAGGCUGGGGAGGAGGUUCUGACUAUUGAAGUCAAAGAAAAGGAUAAGCAAUAA